AUGGCGAAACCAUCGUUUAAAAUGGUUCGCUAUAAACUUUCGCGAACUAAACGCCUAUUGGCGAAACCUUACGACAAUGAGAACAUUAAGGAGAUCGGUGCGAUAGCUGCUUUGAAAGAAGUCGCGUCAAGUCCGGAUGAAGUGGCCGCCAAAUUUGCGAGUGAGGCGCUUACCGUAAUCGGCGAAGAAGUACCGUAUAAGCUAACGCAACAAGUGCCUUGUUGGACGAUUGCUGAUGUUCAGUACUGGGUCAAGAAGAUCGGUUUUGAAUCGUACGCUGAGGCAUUCGCGAAACAUAUGGUUGAUGGUGAUUUGUUGCUGCUGUUAACCGAGAAGGAGUUGGAGCAGGAUCUACAAAUGACAUCCGCCUUACAUAGGAAACGAUUUAUUCGAGAAUUGGAGAGCCUUAAGAUAGCAGCAGAUUACGGCAGUGUCGAUGAGAGUCAACUGGAUCAAUUUUUGAUGUCUCUGAGUCCUGAACUGUCAGUUUAUACCUAUCAGAUGCUUGGAAUGGGUCUUAACCGUAAUUUAUUACCAUCCUUAACUGAUGACAUGAUGAAAACUGUUUGUGGCAUUACUAAUCCUAUUCAUCGAUUGAAGUUACGUCAAGCUUUGCAAGAUAGCAAACACAUUGACGAUAUUGAAGUUGCAAUACUUAGUAAACAGAUCGAUGUUUUCAUAAGUUAUCGAAGAAGUACGGGUAAUCAGUUGGCAAGCUUAAUUAAGGUGUUGUUGCAGUUGAGAGGAUAUAAGGUGUUCAUUGAUGUGGAUAAAUUAUAUGCUGGUAAAUUUGAUUCAUCGCUACUGAAGAAUAUUCAAGCUGCGAAACACUUUAUACUCGUUCUAACACCAAAUUCAUUGGAUCGACUUUUUAAUGACCAUAACUGUGAAGAUUGGAUACAUAAAGAGUUACGAUGUGCCUUCGAACACCACAAGAAUGUGAUCCCAAUAUUCGAUCAACAUUUCGAAUUUCCGGCGGAAGAUACUGAAAUACCGCCUGACAUAAGACCAAUAACGAAGUAUAACGGUGUUCGGUGGGUUCAUGACUAUCAAGAAGCGUGUAUGGAUAAAGUUGAGCGUUUCAUCAAGGGUGAACUGAAUAGGACACCGAGCACAUGCCAACAACAGUCGUCAGUGUCAUCAAGUACGUCGAGUCAGCGACGAGUUCCAACCACAAAAUGGGCAUCGUCGAAUGUGCGGAGUGCAGCCACACAAAAGUGCUCAAUAACACGUCAACAGAUCGAUCCUUCGAAUCACCACUGUACGUCUCCCCGACCGCCAUUGAGAAGCAGCGCCGCAAACAGUGUCACUCGUCCGUAA